AUGUUGGAGGAAGUCUGCUUCAAGAGACAGGAUGGGGCAGCAGACCCGCUGUACCACGUCUCCGAUGGCUGGGUGGACCUCAGGGAGGUCGCACACCUCCUCCAAGGCAGCACAGAGGGAUCGAUUGGGCUGCCAAUGCAGAUGAACACCUGCGACCUUGUCAGCCUCAAUACAGAGCACCGCAAGAUGAGGCUGUCCCAGCUGCGCUCCAUCACAGGCCGAGAGGGCACCCCAAGCGACCCCUUCAUUUUGAAAUUCUUCAACAGCCCCAACCAGCGUUCGGGUGCAGCAGCACAGCAGAUUAAGGAUACAUCUGUCCAGCGCGCGGCAGCUAUUGCGCAGCCGCCACUGAAGCAGCUGCCGAGCCUGAACAGGCUGGAGGAGUUUCUUUUCGGCCCCCUAGGCGCAAACAGCAAGCUGCCGCUGAACGAGGAUCCCUCAGUGACGGCCGGCUUUGUCGCGGACAACGGCGCGGCCGGCCAGCUGGCGCGGUUGCUGAGUCACUCGAUCGAGUGGCAGCCUAACGUGGGGGGAGAGGCCCUCACAGCCGACGCAGUCAACCAGAUCCUGAUCAACACCCUGCAGGGCAUCGACCGUCUGGUGGAGGCCGAGCGCAGCCUGGGCAUAACAGUGCGGCGCAAAUGGGGCGGCCACGGUGGGCAGCUCCAGGUUGGAGAGAACCUGCCCGACGGGCAGCUGCUCGGCGGCUGCGGACCGGCGCUGCUGUCCCUGUGGGAGGAGCGCGGCUGCGAGCACACACUCAAGGAAGCCGCAGCUGACCUGGCGGCCAAGGCACCGGCGCAUGUCUCUGACGGCGUGCCCUAUCUCGUCUGCUUCGCGGUAGCCGGCACGCAGCUGCAGUUCUACGCGGUCCGUAACGGCAUUCCCUCCGCUUCCCCCAAACCCCUUGGCAGGGUUUUCGACCUGGGGGAGAUAACCGAGCGCGCCUGGGCCGUCCUGGCCGCCGCGAAUAUGUACCGGCUGCUUGCCUGUUUUGGCGGCAGUUCAAACCCAAGUCCGAACAAGCAGGCCGACCAGCUGGCGCAUGCGAUGACUCGGCUGUGA